AUGCGACACGCGAGUUGCAUCUGCUGCGUCGUCCGCUCACCUAUCGAGCGAAAUGCCGCGGGAACCGAGCUCCGCUCAACCACAGAAGAUUCUCAAAAAAUCAACUUCGAGGUCUCUGCACAGCCGUCGGCGCAGACGCGGACGAUCGCACGCGUUUGCGAGGCGCUGAAGAGACAAGCCUGGAGGGUUUCGAAACUCUCAGAAGAUGAGGAAGACGCCAGCGAAGGCGAACAGCCGCCAGUGUUCUUCCUUCUGGCUCUUCCUUCUUGCCGCGACGGCCGUGUUGCCGCAUCUGAGGGGGAGCAGAAGGAGCACCUGGAGAGCCUCAGACGCGCUGUCACCGCUGCAUGCGCAGGCGACAGCGAAUCCCCGCCUCCGCUAUCUUUCGAAGUCCUGCCGUUCGCGGUCACACCAUCCCUCGGCGGUGGAAAAGACGAGUCUGACGCGCCAAGCUCCACGCCAGCUGCUGACACUCUAGAGAGAAAGAAUACCACAGAGCCACCCUCCACAGCGCCUCAGCGCGUAGAGACAACCGCCGCUCGCCUGUCUCCCAGCGAGUAUGGCGCGCGAGAGGAAGCAGCCACUUGCGCCGCGGCUCACGCUUGCCCUGCCCCCAAGGGGAAUCAAAAGGCGGAAAAACGAGAAAAAAUCGGCAAAAAAGUCGCACAAGCAGCUGCCCUAUGCGCCGUGCGGAGAAAGCUCCCUCGCCUCAGGGAGGACUGCGUCGCCCUGCUGCAAAAAACAGAAAAUCUGUUGCAGCGGCACGAGGAGGCCUGCGGUGAGCUGCUGGAGGUUCAUUUCAAGCACACGCUUCGCUGGCUGGGUGUCGGCCUCUGGCUCGCCCUCGUUAUUCCUGGUCUUCUCGGGAUUUUCCUGCAUCGCCUCCUUCUGCACUACGAGGACGUUUGGCAGGCGAAACACAGGACGCAGGCAGUCUCCCACACUGCGGAACUGAGCGUCGAUCCCGAGGUCUCAGUUACCUCCAAGAGCCCCGCAACGCCAGAAAACACCCUCCAGGAAAUCCUCUUGUCGGCUCUUGGCGGUGCCCUGCGUCUGUUCGACGCCGCGAACGAGGCCACGACGUCGGUGGCGACCGUCCUCGUCUUCUUCGCCCUGCUCUACGCCUCGAUGAGUGCAGCCGAUCUGAUACGCCGCAUUCGCCACGGCCGCGUCGAGCGAGCUGUCAAAGAGCAGCAGACUCUGCCUCCGCCUCUCUGGCUCUCCCUCAAGGAUCAAGCAACCUACCUCUCCGAGGCACUCUGGAGCUGCGAGCGCAUGCAGCAACACGCCGCGAGGGCACAGAGAAAUUAG